CUCCUCAGCAGCUCACAUCUGGCUGGGGUUUGCUCUUUAUGUGUUUGUCCUGCUUUCUUCCUCUCUUCCUUUAUUUUUGAGAAACCACGUUUCCGCUCUGGCCAAGGAAACCCUGGAGCCAGCCGGGAAGAUAAAGGUGCCAGGACAGGGCUGCUGUACUUGCACCCCCAGCCCUGCCCUUUUGGAGCCUUCUUCCUGGGUUUUUUUUUUCUCCUGCUCUGUCUCCUUGACAAGUCUGUCCAGGCUCCCCUACUCCUCCGACCUGGCCGGGAGGAGGCUCUGCCGCUGGGAGAUGGUGUAACAGGCUCCGAGAAAGCCAGGAGAGGCAGCGGAGGACGAGGCUGCUGCAGCUAGCCAAGCUCUGAAGGAGGGCAGAGUGGGAAGAUGGGCUCUGGGGUACAGGGACUUGUGCUGGGAUGCUGCUUGCUGCUGGCCUUUUGGGGCCCAGUGCUGAGCCACAUGCCACGAGGACAGCAGGACCUGCAGGAGCAGGAGGGGACCCAGAAGCCGCCUCCCCCGAUGGACCACACUGAGAGGGAUGAAGACAAGCAGGAGAAACAUAGCCCCAGCCCAGAAGAGGAGCUCCCUGCUUCCCGGUGCUUUCGCUGCUGUGACCCUGUGGCCCCCAUGUACCAGGCGAUCCCAGUGCCCCAGAUCAACAUCACGAUCCUGAAAGGUGAGAAGGGCGACCGAGGUGAUCGUGGUCUUCAAGGAAAAUAUGGCAAGACAGGCUCUGUAGGUGCCAGGGGUCACAUCGGACCCAAAGGGCAGAAAGGCUCCAUGGGGGCCCCUGGGGACCGGUGCAAGAACCACUACGCAGCCUUCUCAGUGGGCCGGAAGAAGCCCCUUCAUAGCAACGACUACUACCAAACAGUGGUCUUUGACACAGAGUUUGUGAACCUCUACGGCCACUUUAACAUGUUCACAGGCAGAUUCUACUGCUAUGUGCCCGGCAUUUACUUCUUCAGCCUCAAUGUGCACACAUGGAACCAGAAGGAAACCUACCUGCACAUCAUGAGGAACACGGAGGAGGUGGUGAUCCUGUAUGCUCAGGUGAGCGACCGCAGCAUCAUGCAGAGCCAGAGCCUGAUGCUGGAACUGCGGGAGCAGGACGAGGUGUGGGUGCGCCUCUUCAAGGGCGAGCGGGAGAACGCCAUCUUCAGCGAUGAGUUUGACACCUACAUCACCUUCAGCGGCUACCUGGUCAAGCACGCCACUGAGCCCUAGCUGGGCCCCCUGCUGCAUGCCAGGGACUGCGGAUCUACUCUCUUCUUGCCCUCUGCCCACACCGGCAUUCUGCAGACCCAGGGGUCCAAGGCCAGGCUGACCCCCUCACCUUUUCCUCUAGUCCUGGCUUCUUUGCCCUCUGUUUCCCCAGCUUUGGCAUCAACGAGACACCCUUGAUGGAUCAGAAGUCAAAAUGACCUUAUGGGCCCAGCUUGGGCCACUGCUGUUAGCAGAGAGCUCAGGGCAGAUGAACAGCAGGACAGUGUGGGGCCUCCAGCUCCCCUGUGUGUAUACAGCCUUAUGUGACCUGGAGUUGCAUGGUCCACAGAGUGGGCCUCUUCCCACUCCUGGAAGUAAUUAAGCAAAUGUUAAAGGUUCCAAAGGAAUGAAGUCAACCUUGGAGGCUAAAGAAAAGUGUUGUUGCAUUUGCUUUUCCAGCCAGUUGGCUCUCUUAGGGAGUGUGUUUUCACUGGAGGUCACCUAAGACACCAUGCAAGAACAGAUUUAAAGGGGAAACAUGGGUGCCAAGGGAGGAGGUGGGCUCCCAGGGGUCCUGGAGACCACAUGUGGCCUAAUUGUAUUAGGCCACAUAUGAACCUUCUCGAGAGAAAGCUGGGCGGGUGUCCCUGUCUUGCUGAUUGCUUUCAGAGAGGACUCAUAGGUCUUUCUGAGCCAUGAUAGGGUGCUGGGGCCUGGGCACUGAGUGCUGGUUCCCUAGAGGGACAGUCGCACUCUGUGCCCUUGGCUCUGGAGCUGGGAUGCUAUAUUGACAGAAGCGGCCUGCGUGCUUCAGCUUAUGGGCUCCUGACAGUGUCUGGGGACCUCAGGGACCCCCAGGCCUGCAGAUGUCUCUAUGGGGAGCAAAGCUCCUGGUAUAUCCUGCUCCUCCAGGCCACCCUGAAGCCCCAGGGAGCAUCCCAUGCCAGCAUCUCAGGCAUCAGCUCCCUGUUCCUUCUCCCAGGUGGAUCAGUCACAAAAGAACCACGGCCUUGGUUCGGCUUCUAUAACCCACCUCACACCCCCUCAGUCCUGUUUCCUGUGGGCUCAGCCUCCCCACCUCAGCUUCUGUUCCGGACACUGCAACCUUCACCCAGCCCUGCUGCCGCCAGCAGCUUAAGGCAACACAGGGACUUUUUCUGGGCUUCAAGACAAAGGAGAUCAGCAAGGCGUUGGAAAGCCCCCCUCCUACUUGUUUCUGUGGUUCUCACUGGGGCCCGGGCAAAGAGGAAACAGAAAUCUAGCCACUAGCCUGCAGCUCUCUCUCUGAAGGGCAGAAUGUCUGGAGAGGCAGGUGUCCGGUGGCUGUUCAGGACUGCCCGGGGCAGCAUCCCGUUCCCCGACGCCGUGCCAGUCCUUCCUAAGCUCACUCCGCACGAGUGCUCAGGGUCUCAGGUCGCAUUGCUCACCAGCUCUAGUCCUUGGUCCCUACCCCAUCUCCUGCUGCCUGGAGAUCCUUGGUUUUGACCCGUGCCUCCUCUUCCUGGGGCCUGGCUGCUGGGUUGCAGGGUCUGAAGCAAUCCCCUUUGAAGGCCCUCUGCUGGUCAGACUGUACAAGCCGCGUCUCUGUGCGAUUGUUUCUUGUGCCCCACACUGCUCUUUCCAGGAAACAUUAAACUUGGAAUCAUGAUUUGA